GAAGGAAUUAGUAUUUUGUUAAUUCACUGGACAAAGACAUUGAAGACCUUACACUAGCCAAUUUAAAAAAAUCAACUACCCUCUUUGAAACUGUCAACACGAAAUAGGUAUAUGCACUUGAGGAUAAACAUUCAUCGGCAGGAAAGACACGAGUUUUUGUUACGAUCCCUUUCCAAUUCUCAAGAUGAUAUGCGUCUUCCCAUGUCCUCCUCCUUGGCUAGAGUGACUUUUUUUUUUUUUUUAAAACUUGAUCAGCCAUGUCACAAAAUCGAGUAGUUGCUACUGCUGUUGCAGCCACGGCUGCGAGCACCUUACUCGUUGCAGGAAUUUUAUUCUACUUCGUCUACAGAUUCACCGUGGCUCGGCAGCGUGAGAGGGACAAGCAGCACAAUUCGAGUUUCCGCAGAGAGAUGACGCCGUCGGUGGCGGUGACACAUGAAGAGUUUAUGCAAAAUGGUGGAAUUCUUAGAGGACUAAUAGUUGAUGAGAAUGGAAGGGAUGUUCUUUAUUUGAGAAAAGCUCAAGGCGGAAGGUUUACAAGUUGUUUUUCCAAGGUUUGGUUCAAUCCCAUAAAUGAAGAAGAGGAAAAGGAAAUGGAUGGCAGGGAACUCAAGCCCAGCAGCAAUAGUAUUGGUAGUCCUGUCCCGGAAAUUCCACGGGCAUCAUCACACCAUCACAAUUAUCAUCAUGAUGCAUUUGACAUCCCCGGUGAUCAUCAGGCAGUUACGCUGAUGGAUCAUCCACCAAAGCAAACUUCAGGCCUGUUACAUUUUACACCACCACCUCCACCACUAGUCAUUCCCCCGAAGCAAAGCCCUCCACCACCACCUCUGCUCGUCAGAAAGACCGCGUCCUUGAACCCGUCCACGCCUCAACCUCCCCUCCUCCGCCACUUCCGGCAAAAGGAGUUCCGAAACCACCAAACAGAUUUUCAAAACCACCAGCAGUUCCAUCCAAAAUGA